UGAGCUUGUCACUUUACUGGGGGAACCAUGUGGACCAGGACUGGACUCCUGUGCUUUGUACUGGGCACCCUGAUGCUGCAAGAGAUGCAGUGCAGGAGGCUGCCCAUGUACACUGGUCAAUGUGGACUGCCCAAGUCGCAAGAAGAACUAAAUUCAUUCUUGUGGACCGUUAAAAGAAACCCUCCUGCUUAUCUCUUUGGAACCAUCCAUGUACCGUACACCAGAGUUUGGGACUAUAUACCCCAGAACUCCAAAAAAGCUUUUCAGGAGAGCACUAAUGUGUACUUUGAGCUGGACCUGACGGAUCCUUAUACAAUUUCAGCACUAGCUAGCUGUCAAAUGCUCCCGCAAGGGGAGAACCUGCAGGACGUCCUACCCAAGGACCUCUACCGCAGACUCAAGAGACAUUUGGAGUAUGUCAAGUUAAUGAUGCCUCACUGGAUGACCCCAGACCAGAGGGGCAAGGGUCUCUACGCAGAUUAUCUGUUUAAUGCCAUUGCUGGGAACUGGGAGAGAAAGAGACCAGUGUGGGUGAUGCUUAUGGUGAACUCUUUAACAGAGGCAGACAUCAGGUCUCGAGGAGUACCUGUCUUGGAUUUAUACUUGGCCCAAGAAGCAGACAGGAUGCGGAAGAAGACUGGAGCUGUGGAGAGGGUAGAGGAGCAAUGCCACCCCCUUAACAGGUUAAACCUGUCCCAGGUUUUAUUUGCUUUAAACCAGACAUUGUUGCAGCAUGAGAGUCUCCGGGCUGGGAGCUUUCAAGCCCCCUAUACAACAGAAGACCUCAUCAAGCAUUACAACUGUGGAGACCUCAACACUAUAAUCUUUAAUCAUGACACUUCACAGCUCCCCACCUUUAUCAACACUACUCUACCAUCACAAGAGCAAGUAACAGCUCAGGAGAUAGACAUUUACUUUAGGCAAGAACUUAUCUAUAAGAGGAAUGAAAGAAUGGCAAGAAGAGUGAUGGGUCUGUUGAAGGAAAACCGGGACAAGAGUUUCUUCUUCGCCUUUGGUGCAGGUCACUUUCUUGGGAAUUAUACAGUCAUUGAUGUCCUAAAACAAGGUGGAUAUGAUGUCGAGCACACCCUGCCAGGCAUAUGCAUCGGCUCGACUGAGCCAAAAAAGGACCCAAUCCCAGCGGAAGAGAUGAUGACUGAUGAACCUUCGCUGAAGUACUUUGAUCACAUUCCCUCCACAUCAUCCUCCCCUGAGGAUUCAGAUGAUGAGAUGCUUCCUCCCCACCUCCUCCUACCAGACAGUAUUAGCCAGCUGGAAGAAUUUGGGAAACACAAAAAAUGGUAUCGGAGACACCACAGAAACCAACACCGACGGCAGUUCAAUGAUCUGUGGGUCCGAUUGGAUGACAGUACAACCACAAUGCCAUCUAGUACAAGAAACAUCAACGGAGAAGACACAGCAGAUUCCUUAUUGUGGCUUCAGGAUGGACAGGAUGACAUGUAUGUGGAGAUAUCAAGUGUGCAAAGCAGUGCCACCCCCAAAUAUGUCUCCACACUUUCUGCUGCCUUAUUCGCCACAUUAACUCUAUGUAUCAUCACAGUUAUGAGAACUAUAUCCUGACACCACCUGCUCCAGAUUCAGCUACUACAUUCCUCUUUAGAUAAUGCUGCCUUUGACUUGGCCUGGAUUAUUCAGCAAAUGGAUGACAAUGGAACUCAAUUAUUGCAAACUUCCACAGUAAUGUGCAUGAAUGAAGAGGAAACACAGUUGCUACUAGCAUCAUACACCCAUCAAUACACCGUAAACACAGCCACUAUGCAUUUCAAUGCAGUAUUCAUGAGACUGCAGUUUAUCCAUUUAAUGGAGACUAAUCACUGAGGUCUGAAGGAUAAAAUGGAAAUAAUUGUUCUCUUUC